AUGACUUCGUUUGCCAACUCAUUUUGGUCUUCGGACUAUGCUGGAGGCCUCGGCGUACUCUUUCAGAAACUUCAGCAGGGCGUCCAAGAGAAUGAGCAGUUACUCACUGUUGCGCGAAUGCGCGCAGAGGCAGAGGACACGUACGGACAAAAGUUGGCAGAUAUCGAAGGAGCUACGAAUCGAAUAGAUGGCGGCUUUCAAAGAGAUGAUGGCGCCAGCGUCAAAAAGGCCUACGAAGGCGUGCGCACUGAAAUGGCUGCAGAGGCGCGGAGUCAUAAGAAGAUUGCUUCGAACAUUCGAGAGCUAGUGGUGAACCCAUUUGGCCGCUGGUGUGAUCAACACGCUGCGCGCGUUCAGAAUAGUCAAGACGAUCUACAAGGUCGAAUCAAGGCCCACGACAGGCAGGCGGAGACCGUCCGACAGUAUCGGAGCGCGUACUACAACAAAUGCCGACGUGUGGAGGACUUGGACGAGGAAGAGAAGCUGGCCUUUCAAGAUCCCAAUUCUGCAGCCGCAGCUGCUAAUGGUUCGCCGAAGGUCGGACCUGGAGCGCCGCAGAAUGUUCCCAGCAUCAAGAUUGGCGAAGAGCCGGAAGAGCCAGAGCCGAUUGAAAUUGGAGACCAGACCUACACGCCGGAGCAAGUGAAGAAGAUUCUCACUCACGUCCUGGAGAACAUCCCUCUCCGAGAUACCAAGGUCCCCAUCAUGGGUACCUACCCAAACACGAGUACUGGCGCAGACAUUACAGAAUACAUCCAGAAGCACCUGCAUGCGAAUAGUAUUGCUUAUGCAGAGCGCAUCGGGCAAGAUAUGAUCACGCACGGCUUUCUGCGCCUUGUAGGCAAUGUUGGCAACAGCUUUUUCAACAGCAGCAAAACCAAUUACCAGUGGAAAACGAAAGUGUUCCAGAUUACUGGCAUUCCUGAGAAGCGGGGUCCUCUCAACCGAACCUCCACCAUGAUGUCUGCCGGCUCUAGCGACUCGGUGCCUGGUAGUCCCGUCAUUGGUGAUCGUGUCAGCGAGUAUCUUGGAGGCUGGAACCCGCUCAACAAUGCGCAUCCUAAUGAGACACCAGGGGAAAAGCUACGCAGAGAAGCUCGGGAGGCUGAUGAGCGUUACAAAGCUGCUGUCCGCAAGCUAGACGGCCUCCGGUGUAGCCUCGAAGAAGCCAUGAUUGAGCACAUGAGGUUCAUGGAACGUUGCGAGCUUGACCGACUCAAAGCCAUCAAAAGUGUUGUGCUCGACUUCAGUGGCGCUGUCAGCAAUGUGAUCCCCGCACUGCAGUCAUCAGUGGACAACAUGAUGCUGUUUCAGGAGACUGUGCAGCCACAAAGCGAUCUCCGAUACUUGCUCGAGAAUUACCGCACCGGCCAAUACAUUCCCAAGGUCACGGUGUACGAGAACUACUACAACAAGGUCGAUGAGCAGACUUUUGGCAUUGAUAUUGAAGCACGAGCUCGCGCUGACCGAAAACGAGUGCCACUCAUCAUCACCACGAUAUUGACAUUCCUGGACUCGCAUUACCCCGAUUUGGAAGGCGAUGAGGCGCGUCGCAGCAUCUGGACCAUAGAUGUGCCACUCGGCGCGCAGCACCACCUGCGAAGCCAGCUCAACACUGGGAAGCCCGUCUCCCAGGAGGUGCUUGAAAAGUACGAGGUGCCAAUAGUGGCUGCAGUGCUGAAGCUGUACCUGUUAGAGCUGCCCGACAGCCUUGUCAGCUCGCACGUGUACGAGAUCAUCAAGACUAUAUACACGAGUACUGCACAAUCUGCGUCGGACGCAACGAGAGUACAGGUGAUCCAGUCGACUCUCGGCCAGCUCCGUCUUGCAAACAUAGCCACUUUGGAUGCGCUGGUAACGCACUUUACUAGAUUGAUUGAGCUUACGAGCGCAGACGAUGCAUACGUUGCACAGCUUGCAGGCAUCCUGGCUCCCUGCAUUAUGCGACCGAAGCAGCAGACUGGCCUGACCAUGAAUGAGAAGUACAACGUGCGACUUCUCCGCGAUCUUUUCGCACACAAAGAUGCUAUCUUUGGGGAGCUCAAGCGUCAGUCAAGCCUGUCACACACCAACUCGGGCUCCACAAGACAGACUCGUGCUAUCAGCACCGACGAGUCGAGACGCAAAGCGCACAUGGAAGAGCGCCAACGUGCUAUUGCAGCUGCACAGCAGGCACAAGCCGGUGGCACCAGAAGUCGAAACCCGAGCCCGGAUACCAAUACCAGAGUGCCGCUUACAGCCGGACAUCGCAGAGACCGCAGCCGUGGACCGGAGACCAGAUUUCCGGUGACUUCUUCCACCGUGCUUACAUCCCAACCAUCGACAGCAAGCACCAUCAGCAUCAAGCCUCCUGCUUCAAAAUACCGCGUCACCAACCCGGACGACUCGUCCCCCGCCACCACAGAAGGCACUCCUACCAAGAAAGACAGCUUGUCCCGCAUUCGUGGCGUCACUGCUAGACGAGGUACGGGCGGAUUGAGAAGGCAGAGUUUAGUUAACAAGCAUGAGAGUAUCGAAGGUGCGGAUCUCGUCGACUCUCCCGAGGCGAGCAGUAAGGGUGUGCAGCUGGAAGAUAAACCUAUGGAUUUCGACUAG